UUCUGUUCGCUCUCGCCACAUCCUUGUCCCUUGGGUUUGUCUAACUUCCGCCCCCUGCUUUCACAGACCACCUCGUCCUAAAUAAAACCUUCCUCUCCUCUCUCUUUAUACAACCCCAUUCCAAAUUUAGCAACUCUUUCUCUCUCUCUCUCUCUCUCUCUCUCUCUGAAGGACAAUCCAUUUGAAACCAAACAAAGAGGGUGCAAAUUGUUUGCCUGAUUAAAAAGUUCAAAACUUGUAUUCAAAACAGUGGAGUUGGUGCGCAAAGGACAUAAAUUUGUGGAUUUUGUGAGUAGAUUGAAUGCUUCUGUGAUCUGGGUUUUUGCGAAAUCGAGGAUCAAACACAUUUAAGGAGAGAAUCCUUUCGGAUUUCGUGUUUUUUUUUGUUUGCAUCUGGGUCUUGUUAUUGUGGGUCGGAAUGUUGGAGUGAUAAGAAAUAGUAAAAUGGGUUGAAUGUAUGCUGGUUUUGGGAUUUUUUAAACAAUGGAGCGACGCGUAUUAAUUCGGUGAAAUGAGCAUUUUAUAAAGAUUAGAUAAGGGUUUUAAAAUGGAGGGUAAAGAAGAUGGUGAAGCAUACGAAGAGCGGCCUCCGUCGCCUGCUCAGGUUUUGCAGGAAAUAUCUGAGGGGGCAUUUAAAGUGGCAGGGGAAACACUGCAAAAUGUGGUCUCAGGUAAAUCGAGCAUGCCACCACUGGCACCGGGGCAUACGCGCUCCCAAAGUGAAGUUGUAACUACGACACACAGACGGAGCAAUAGCUUUCAAAAAUUGAAAACUCAGAUGCAGAAGGCUUGGAGAUGGGGUGGAAGUUCGCGGGAUGGUUUGCGGUUGUCUUUCAAUCCUGAGGUUUUGGCAAACCAAAAACGCCAGUGGUAUCAGCGUUACUCCAAAUCAAAGGGCCAUAUAAAAUAUACCGAGCCAACUUCACUCUUUGAGCAUUUUAUUAUUGCGGGGCUUCAUCCUGAUGCUAACCUUGACACUGCGGAGGAUGCAUUUGUUAAAAGAAAGAAAUGGGAGAUGGAGAUGAUAAAUUGCGGAAUUGUUGACCUUAAAUUGCUACAGCAGCGGGGACCUCCAAUUCCUACAUUAGAACCUCAGAUACUUUUUAAAUAUCCUCCUGGGAAGCGGUUUGAUAUGCGUUUGACAGAUUUAGCUUCCUUUUGUUUUCCUGGAGGGGUUAAGGCACGGUUAUUGGAGAAGACUCCGUCACUAAGUGAUUUAAAUCAAGUUGUUUAUGGACAGGAGCAUUUAGGCAAAGAUGAUUUAUCAUUUAUUUUCUCACUCAAGGUGGCAGACAAUGCAACACUUUAUGGUGUUUGCCUGCACGUGUCAGAAAUUGUUCAGAGGCCUCCUGCUAUCUUAGGCAUCUCAUCACCUAAUUCUCAUUCGACAGGAGGACUCUUCCGCUUUUUGGUUUCUGCACCUCGAUGCUACUGUGUGCUAUCCAGAGUUCCUUUUUUUGAGUUACAUUACGAGAUGCUGAAUAGUAUCAUUCAACAGGAGCGUCUGAAGCGAAUAACACAAUUUGCUAGUGAAAUGGCCCUCAAUGAUUUUGUCCCUACAUUGCCCAAAGUACAAGAUUAUGAUAAUGAGUCCCCUGAGAGGGAGUCUUUUGAUAAUUGGAUGGACUCCGCAAUACCAGUGAACAGUUCAAUUGCACUUACAGUUGCUGGUGCAGGAAUCAGACCGGAGGAUGAGACUCCACCUUCUUCACUCAAGAUAUGGGAACUGCAGUCCCCUGAAAGUGUUUCUGCUAGCGAAAGUUCAGAUUUUUGUCAAGUACGGUAUUUAGACAAAGAUGGUAGAAGGGAUUCACAAUGUUCUGAUGACUAUGGUUUUGAGGCCUCUGAAACUCGUUCAGAGGCUUCAGAAAGAAUAUGCGCAAUCUAUGGAAAUGACCAUACUUCUCCAGAGGUUGGGACAUCUUUCUCCACCAGGAAUCGCACAUUGGAGCGUCUUGGCAGUUCUGAAUCUCUAUUCAGUCCAGCUAGAAGCAUGGUAUCGGAGGAUGAAGAUGAUGACCUUUCCUCAACGUGUGAGAAAGAGUUUGGUGAUGAACUAAUAAUGGAAUGGGCUAGGGAGAACAAGAACGAUUUAUUACAGAUUCUUUGUGGUUUUCAUGCUUUGCCUCUCCCGCAACGAGGAAGUGAGUUUUCUUUUCAACCUCUUGAACACCUACAAGCUACUGAGUAUAGGAGACCUUCAGUUGCUGCUCUUGGUUUUGAUGAGAAUAGUGUUGAUUCAUUUGAAGAUCCUGGGGUCAAUGUUAUGUUAGCUGCUGCUGAGGAAGCGCUUGCACUAUCAAUAUGGACAACUGCAACAAUUUGCCGAGUUCUCUCCCUUGAAAGUAUUUUGUCAUUGCUUACGGGAGUAUUACUAGAAAAACAAGUGGUGGUAGUGUGUCCGAAUCUGGGUGUGCUAUCAGCUACAGUAUUGUCUCUCAUUCCCAUGAUUCGUCCAUUUCAAUGGCAGAGUUUAAUGCUUCCUUUUCUUCAAUAUCUUCAGGUUCUACCAGGGAAAAUACUUGAUUUUCUUGACGCCCCAGUUCCAUUUAUUAUUGGGAUACAACAGGUUCCUGCAGACCUGAAGAGGAAAACGUCGGAUCCUGUUCAAGUUAAUGUGCAAAAGGAUCAGGUGAAAAUGUGUCAUUUGCCGUCACUUCCAGGACAUAAAGAUCUAGCCACUGAAUUAGGGCCCAUCCAUGCUAGACUGUCGCGUGAAGGUUCAUUUGCUCAAAAGCAUCCUGUAUAUAGGUGCAACGAAGUGCAGAUCGAAGCUGCAGGCCAGUUUUUGGAAGUCAUGAAGAACUACGCGGAAUCACUUUGUUCAGAUCUAAGGUCUUACACAAUAACAAGUGUACAAUCAAACAGUGACAGGGUAGAGAAACUAACACUGUUUCUUUACUUCUUAAAGAUAGCUUUAUCGAUUCCUUUCCGAGCAAGGACAGACAAUUUAUGAAGUUAUUUGUGGACACACAGAUGUUCACUGUUCUAACUGACUCUCGUUUGUCAAGCUUCGAGAAUGGUGACCCCUAAGAGAAACCUGAUACAGAAGUUAAAUGAGCACAUCAUUCGAAGAUUCCAAGUUGCAACUCAAAGAUUUGUCUCAAGGAUAACGACUUCUCCAACUGUUGACGAAGGACGAGGUGCAAGUAACUUGGAGGGAAGGGGUGGAAUGGCUCCUGGCCCGGUUGGGAUGGCCUGCCGAAGGAAUUUUAUUCAACCUAACAUGGUUUGGGAGCUUCUAUCUCUGCAAACUGCUAGCUAAAGCUUGCAGCAAAUACUUUGCAACAUAAAAGUUAGGGGUGUGCUAUCCACACAUCCCUUUUUACUUCUCAUACACCCUUGUUAACUUUUGUCCGUUGAUCUUCUUUAAUUCAUCCGAUCCGACGGUUGAAACAAAAAAGGUGUGAGAGAAGUAAAAAAGGGUGUGUGGAUAUCACACCCCAAAAGUUAUAGUCCAAAGUGCAAAUCUCCACACCAAUGUAUUGUAUUGCACACCCUAUAGGAUCAUAAUCCCGAUAUUUUACGGGAAUAUGAUGUUCGAUGUAACGAAUUUCUGUAUCGUAUCAAAAAUCUUGUAAAUGUCAAUGGACAUAAAAGAUGUUGCUUCUGAUGUCAAUAAAACGUAAGAGAGAAAAAAUCAUGGGUCCUGAAAAAUAUUGACACUA